AUGUAGAAGUAGGACGGCGCCAUCAGGGUUGGAGGACAGAAACGGGUGGAGACAUUUGAUUUGAUUCCUGAAGUACGGUACUACGUGUGCCAAAGCCAAAAGCAGGAAGUAUAGACUAGAGAGUUUGUCAAGACGGCGGUGGUUCGAGAGGUUAUAGUGAAGGGAAAGCAGUGAAUCAUGAAGCGGUGCCUACGUCAAGCAGCAUGACUCUUUGCGCAAGUGAUUCAUCCCACAUUUCGACCAAGCACAAAACACCCCGCUCUGUUUGUCACAGGAAUUCUUGUCAGACACUCACACAUCAUCAUGGCCGACCAAAACACAGUGGAAAGCAAGCCCGAGCAGUCGCUCCCCGAGAGACCCAAGGAUGCCCCCGCCGACGAGGCUGGUGCUGCUGGCGCCGAGGGCGACAAGGGCCCUUCAAAGAGCGCAUUGAAGAAGGCAGCCAAGGAGAAGGAAAAGGCCGAGAAGGCAGCCAAGCGCAAGGCCGCCGAGGAGGCGCAGAAGAAGCAGCAAGAGGGCUCGGAUGUUUCGCGCGAGGACUACGGCGACCUGCCCAUGAUAGGAUCCCUGGAGUACAAGCCUUCCGGUGUCAAGCGCGUCACCCUCGCCCAGAUCGCCGAGAAGUACAACGAGACCACCCCCUUCGACGAGGCCGGCGGUGUCGACGUCUGCUUCCGCGCCGUCGUCGAGAAUGCUCGCAACCAGUCGGCCAAGCUCUCUUUCCUGGUCUUCCGUGAGACUCUCAACACCAUCCAGGCCGUUGUCGCCGCCAGCGACACCCUCAGCAGACAGAUGGUCAAGUUCGCCGGUAGCAUCAACGCCGAGUCCAUCGUGCUGGUUCACGGUCUGGUCAAGAAGACUCCCGAGCCCGUCAAGAGUGCCACCAUCAGCCACCUCGAGAUCCACGUCAAGAAGAUCUACGUUGUUGCAAAGGCCGACAGCCAGCUCCCCAUGCAGGUCCAGGAUGCUGAGAGACCUCUGCCCCUCGAGGGUGAGGAGGCCAAGGAGGAUGAGAGCGGCCGUCCCAUCGUCACCUUGAACACUCGUCUCAACAACCGUGUCAUUGAUCUCCGUGGUAAGCACAACCGCGCCAUCUUUGCCAUCAAGGAUGGUGUCACCGCCCUCUUCCAGGAAUUCCUCCGUGGUCAUGGCUUCAUCGGCAUCCAGACCCCCAAGCUCCUUGGUGCUCCCUCCGAGGGCGGUGCCAACGUCUUCGAGGUCGGCUACUUUGCUACCAAGGCUUUCCUUGCCCAGUCACCCCAGCUGUACAAGCAGAUGCUCAUCGCUUCCCGCUUUGAGCGUGUCAUGGAAGUCGGCCCCGUCUUCCGCGCCGAGAACUCCAACACCGCCCGCCACUUGACCGAGUUCACCGGUCUGGAUCUGGAGAUGGCCUUCGAGGAGGACUACCACGAGGUCGUCGAGGUGCUCGAGAACCUCAUGCUCUACAUCUUCAACGGUCUGCGCACAAAGUACAAGCGCGAGACCGACCUCGUCCGCAGCAUCUACCACGUCGACGAGUUCAAGCUCCCCGAAGCCGGAAACGUGCCCCGCAUUCCCUUCAGCGAAGGUAUCCAAAUGCUUCGCGACGACGGUCUCGAAAUCGGCGACUACGACGAUCUCAGCACCCCCGAUGAGAAGCGUCUCGGUGCCCUCGUGCUCAAGAAGUACGGCUCGGACUUUUACGUCCUCGACCAAUUCCCCCUCAACAUCCGCCCCUUCUACACCAUGCCCUCGCACACCGCUCCUGCUCACACAGAAGGCGCAAAGGACCCCAAUGCCGGCUACAGUAACUCCUACGACUUCUUCAUGCGUGGUCAGGAGAUUCUGUCGGGUGCCCAGCGUAUCCACGAUGCAGACUUUUUGUGCAAACGCAUGAAGGAGCACGUCACACCUUGUGACCCCAACUCUGACGGUCUGCGUGACUAUGUCAAUGCUUUCCGUUACGGUUGUCCUCCUCAUGCCGGUGGUGGUAUUGGUUUGGAGCGUAUCGUCAUGUUGUGGUUGGGUCUUCCUAACGUGCGUCUGGCUUCGCUGUUCCCCAGAGACCCUAACCGUGUCAUGCCCUAAGUGCGAUCGACUCUUGGUCCACCACUUUGCAAAAGAGAGAAAAGAGCCAUGGCCUUUUAUGUUAGAUGU